AUGCCCCGCCGGCACGCCCCCAAACACUACCUCUGGCCCGAAAUCCAACUCAACAUCUGGAUCCUCAUCGUCCUUGCAGCGUCCUGCGUAUGCCUGGGUAUCUUCGCGUGGUUUAUCUCCGUCCAGACGGAGCUCGAUCUUGGGAUACCAUGGCUCUUCCCCUUCAUGCUCACGACCUCCGCGCUGGCCCUCUUCUUCAUCAUCUUCGUCCUCGUCCUCGCAGCACAGGGGUUCCUGCUCCCGGGGAUAAUCAUCGUCGGCACAUUCAUCCUCUUCGCAUUAUGGCUGACGGGCCUCAUCGAGACGAGUCUGCAGAUGUACGGCGUCGUCGCGGACAUCAACCAUAACUGCCAGAUCUGGGUGUAUGAUAAUCGUGUCGGGGAGUAA